AUGUAUGAAGUAUUAUGCAGAACUCAUGCCGAAGUUGAUAAUCAUGCAGGUCAAAAACAAUUAUGGCAAUCGAUUAAUCAACAUUGGGGUUUUUUAAGACAAACCAUUAUUGAAAAAUUUGUCAAUAAUUGCACUAUAUGUGCAACUAGAAAACCUUACUGUCAUCCCUUGGCAUGUAAACCAAUAAUUGCAAAAAAUUUUAUGUCUCGUUUACAGGCAAUCGACGACGAUAAUCGAAAUCGAAUUUUAAAUUUCGAUUUGAGAAUCGAAGUUGACGACGAUAAUCGAAAUCGAAUUUUAAAUUUCGAUUCGAGAAUCGAAGUUGACGACGAAACUCGAUAUCGAACUUUAAAUUCGAUUCGAGAAUCGAA